AUGGCGAGUCAGGUGUGGGGCGUCCAGCAGCUGCUGCAGGCCAAGAAGCAGCCCAGGCUGAGUGAACAGUACCGCCUGCAGAGGGAGGAGGAGUUCAAGGUCAAGGAGGCUGUGUCACUGGGGUCCCAUGGCAGUUGUAGCAGUGAGGUGGAGAGGGAGACUCAGGAAAAGAUGACAGUCUUCCAGAACUACUUCCAGCAGAACAGGGAUGAAGUCCUGGAUAACCUCUUGGCCUUUGUGUGCCACAUCCGGCCAGAAAUCCAUGAAAACUAGCGCAUAAACGGAUGGGAGGUGGAAGCACCUGCCUUGUGGGCUGGCAUGGGAG